UCUGACUGGGUGUUGGAUCGCAAAGUAGACCCUGAUUUCCAUAGAGGCCAUGGGCAUAGCCUAGUGUUCAUAGGGUGUGAGGUUAUGUCUGUAAUAUUGCGAUUUGAUUUGUGUUCGUUUUUUUUCACGUUCAAAUAUUCAUGCGAUAAUUGAUCCAGAGUAUGUAAGGAUUUUAGAAUAGUGUCUGUGCAUUGUAUACAAAAUAACUCAAAACAUGAUAACAACUACGCACAACAAAAUUAAUAUUUGUCAAAUUAUGUCCCAUUUGACAUAUGAGUGGCACAACAUAUAGGAUACUAAUUUAAUAAUAAAUCAAGCCAAGUGCCACGAUAUGAGUGGUGCGGUGUCUUUGUACGAUGGAACGGAGAAAGAACCACCUCCCAAUAAUAAUCCUUUACAGAAUGGGGGAGGAGCAACUAAAAAGUUAUCUAGAGGUAUAUCACGAGCUACAGAAAAUGCAGCAAUAGUUUCACAUGCUCGUUCACAACUUGUUCCUCUUGGAGCUGUGGACACUCCAGAAUUCACGUUCUCUUUACCUGAUCUUUCAGUCUAUCCAGAUGGGUUUCGUCAAUUUCUGGAGAGAGACUUGAUUGAAGGAGGCUGCUUGGCUUCAUUGGAAACUGCUGGACGUCUGAAUUGGUGGUGUGGUACUAGUGGGAAAAAUGGAGCAUCCAGAGUUUUAUGGCCAUUGGCAACAUCAGGAGAUGGUAAUUGCUUGUUGCAUGCAGCAUCUCUUGGAAUGUGGGGGUUCCAUGAUAGACUCUUGACCCUUAGAGAUGCAUUACACACUACCUUAGCAAAGGGAGAAUGCAGACAUGCUCUUUACAGGCGAUGGAAAUGGAGGCAAAUGGCACUGAAUGCAGUAGCUGGCUUAGCUUAUUCUGCUGCUGAGUGGACCACUGAAUGGCAGAGUGUGGUUGAUAUGGCUUCUGCGCAUCCUCGUAAUCCCAGCGCUAAUUCUUACCAAAGUUUAGAAGAGGUCCAUGUGUUGGCGCUAGCUCAUGUAUUAUGUAGACCAAUUAUCGUCAUUGCUGAGACUAUGCUGCGGGAUGCUGAAGGAGUUGCGCUGGCUCCUAUCCCUUUUGGGGGCGUGUACCUGCCGUUCGAAGUUCCACCUUCUCGUUGUCACCGAACUCCGUUGCUCUUGGCAUAUCAUUCAGCUCACUUUUCUCCUCUUGUCACGGUCGAUGGUACUGGCAGUGAAAAUGGCAGUAGAGAGGGUGUUAGCAUUCCUUUAGUUGAUCCAGACACUGGGAUGCUUCUACCAAUCUUAUUUUCUGUGGAUCCUGGGCCACACUGGGAUUCUGUCACACCAUCGGAAGCUUUACCAACCUCACUGACUGAAGUGGAAGACUUUGCGCUGUUACGACAAUACUUGGACUGUGAUUACCAGUUGUUGACUGCUGAUGAGAUAGAAAGGUAUUCUGAAUCGGAGAAUUCAUCGUCUAAUAAGAGUCGCGCAGCAAAGCAGCUUCUUGGUGUAGCAAAACAAUUUGGAUCUAUCGGCAAAUCGGUGAGCCGCAGGCUUUGGUCGAUGGCAAAAAGACCGAAGAGUCCACCGUCCGCGUCUGGGGCAUCUGGUGCAUUGUGUGUUCAAAUAAGGAGUAAAAGACAUCAAUACGCUGAUCAAAUGCUACAAAAUUACCUGCAAUGUGCCCAUGCAAGGUAUUUACGGGAGCAACGAGUUGAGACGACUGGGCACGAAAUGAAUUACGGGGCAGGAAAGUCCAAAUUCUAUGCAGCUAGUGACAAAGGCAGCCAUGUUAGUGUUAGUAAGCUGCUCCCGACCAACCCCAAUAGCAAAGAUCGUACCUUAUAUUUAUCACGGUCCACUUUCUACAAUAACCAGCCAGCCUCCGUAGAUUCGAGACCAGAAACUUGGAAUAACGGCUCUCCGAUUGAGGGAGACCAAACCGUGCGCCCCUGUCGUAACCAAGAUUGCGCCUUCUUUGGAUCUGUAGAGAAUCAAUAUUACUGCUCAAAGUGCUGGGCAGAUCGACCUUACCGCUAGCUCAUUGUUAACUCGGACGACAAUAAUCUCUUUUGCUGAUAAGUAUACUAUACAUGUAAAAUAGUAUCAAAGUAUAGAUAUAUAACACUAGUCUUUUAAGUCGAAACUCAUAACUGAUCGACCGCUAUUUAUAAAUAAGUAAUCUUAUAUACAAAAAUAUAUAAAUAUACGGCGUGUCUUUUUCGCUCUACAUAUAUUUUUCACACUAUAUUUAUCAAAAUUUCUAUAUUUGGUAGCAUAUCAAGUACAUACAGGGUCAGUGUAGGCGAUUCAUGAAUUUUGUCAAAAUCAUAUCAUCCCUAUCAACUUGUGUCAGAUUGAAAUUUGAAUGAAAAAAUACGAGGCUUCCAAUCCCAUUAUAAAAUUCAGUAACUGGAGUUGAUACUGUAUCUCAUUACACGCCAAAACUUAUAGCGCUUAGUUGUCACGCAAUGCCCUAAUGACAAUAAAUCCAUCCAUCACCGAGUACCUAGACUCGCAGAGUACUCUCUCUCUCUACUGAGAUUCGAUAGACUUUUAGUUCAGUUGAGUCGAUAUAAGACCAGCUGAAAACUAUUUUUCGUGAAUAUCUCGCUCUGCACCCCCUGUGUGUUUUGUAUUCCUCGUACUAAAUAUUACCGAAUAAUAUUGAUGUGCGCAUUAUUAAUGUGCCUUGCCUCGCGCUAUCUGAAUUUAUUAUAGUCUAUAAGUGCAUCGUAGCGCAAGCUGUUCGAAUAGUUUAUCGUCUCGUGCAUAUCAAAUCCCCUUGGAUCAUAUCCAAAACAUCGUGUGAUGUUAUGGGUAAUUACUAAUUGGUUGUUGGCUGAACAAAACGAAAUUUAACGAUAAUAAAUGAAUGAUAGCUAACAAGUUCACCCACUCAAAAAGAUUUGCAAUAGACGCGGAAAUUGUUCAAACUGAGUUGGACUUGAGAUUGAUAUCAACAAAGAAAUAUAGACUGCAUCAGGUUGUGUUUAACGAUCCAAAAUCUCAAUUUCAUUUAAUGAUAUUUUCUACCCAGGAUAUCGUGCACCCCAAAGUUGGUGACAGAAUAAUUCGGACUGUCAUUUAUGUUUUUUUAUUUAAAUACACAUGUGCUGUAUGUUGAAUUAGUUUUAGAAUAAUGGGCAUACUGCAACAGUAUCUAAGAAAUAAUAGAAUCUAAUAAAGUCGACAGCGAUGUACUACUAGGUUUCAAAAGUCAUUGUCUGCUGUGGACAAAAUUAUUUUUUCUUAACGCGCUCUCAAGCUUUAGAAGUGAAAUAAUCCUAGCAUAAAUUUCAUUAUCACUAAUAUAAAAUGCACGUAUUUAAAAAGUGAGAUCUAUUUGUAAAUCGGAGCAAUAUUUUAACGCUUUUAAUUUCGUAUUUAUGUGAUUCUCAUCUAUUUAUCAUAGAUCAUGUUAUCACAGAUCAUGAAAUUGAUCUUUAUUUUGUUGUUUUUGUAAAUUGCACCUAUUUGUUCGUGUUCAUGGUGUCGAUUUGCACGGAUUGAUUAUAUUGCCACUUACUGCUAGCUUCUAGAAAUUAUGUAAUGAAAGAGAAAAAAAAAAUGCUUAGCUAC